AUGCAGUCCACUAUCCACCAGGGUCCAUUCCCAGAUCGGUCUCGAGAGCAAGCAACCCCUCCGUUCGAGACCGUCUCUCAUGAGAACCACGAGCCACAGGAUGUCAAGGAGGAAACUGUGUCCGAGCAGAAUUGGACACCACGAGUCGAUCGCCGACAAAGUUGGAGUCAUGAGGAUCAGAAACACCAGAUGCAGGAACGAUUGAUGCAGGUUGAGCAGGGCCGGGAGUCUGGUUUUAGCGAAGAAGGACGCUAA